UGCAAGCUUCUUUGUGUACUGAUAGAGCCCAUGAAGGUCAACAGGGAGAGGAGCACUUAAAUUGGCUAUAAAUUUCUAAUGCUUACUGUACCUGCGCAAUUUUGCUGUUUUUCUUUACCAGGAGAAACCGUAAACAUGGACCAUGCAAGUGUGGUGCCCAGUAUAGCAUACCAUUUAUUGGAACAGAUGACAGAUGGGUUCUCCGAGGAUCGGGAACUUGGCAGAGGCACAUACGGAAAAGUCUAUCUGGGAUUGCGUGCGAAUGGGGAGAAGAUUGCUGUGAAGAUGCUUCAUCCCAUUCUAGGACUUGAUGAUGAGCUAUUUGAGAAGGAGAAUCACAACCUUGAAAUUCUCCAACACCAGAAUGUUGUGCGUUUAGUUGGCUAUUACAAUGAAACUCGGCGGGAGUAUGUGCCAUACAAUGGGAAAAUGGUUCUUGGUGAAGUGACACAUAGGGCGCUUUGCUUCGAGUAUAUGCAAAAUGGAAGCCUUAAUGAUUAUCUCUCUGAUGAGUCUAGUGGACAUGAUUGGCACACACGCUACGCAAUAAUAAAAGGAAUUUCCAAGGGUUUCAAAUACCUUCAUGAGGAAUUGGAACGUCCAAUGUUUCAUUUGGACUUAAAACCAGCCAAUGUAUUGCUGGAUGAGAACUGCGUGCCUAAAAUUGGCGAUUUUGGAUUGUCAAGGCUAAUCGAUGAACGAACGCGUAUCACUACAAGUUCUGUAGGCACAAUGUAAGCUUAGUUGUUCUCCAUGUCAAUUGAAAUUUUCUGUAAUCAAGUAAUUUUGUUUGCAUUCGACACAUGGUAUCAGUAAUAUGUAUGAUGUGUCAUGCAGUGGGUACUUACCGCCGGAAUAUAUAAAUCAUCAUGUAAUUUCUAGUAAGUUGGACAUAUUCAGCUUUUGUGUUAUAAUCAUAAAGAUAAUGGCAGGACCCACGGGCUACUCAAAAAGUGCUGAACUAUCUUCCCAACAAUUCAUUGAGCUUGUAAGAAAAAGGAGUUGCCUUUAUCGUCAUUAGUUGUAUAUGUUUCACAAAUGAUACUUAAUUAUGCUAAUAUACUGCAUUUAUGUUUAAAAUGACCAGGUACAUAGAAAUUGGAGGAAUAGGCUACAGUGAAUUCACUGGAGUCCUAUUGCAUACAAGUAAAGAGGUGCAUUGAAAUGGCUUUAACUUGUGUGGAGGUUGACCGACAUAAAAGGCCAACUAUAGGAAACAUCCUUAAUAAGCUAUACGAGACAGAAAAUGCAAGUCAGUUUCCUGAUGCGCUACUAAAGGACCCUGGGUCAACAAAGAACCAGGUGCGAUCAUUAACGGCACAACUGUGUUUUACUAUGAUUAUUUUCCCGCCUAGAAAUAUUUGGCCAAUGGGCUAUGGCCAUACAAUUUAUAUGUUCAA